AUCCCGAAGAACAGAAUAUUCUCAAGAAUAUUAGAGGAAAAGCAUAGUAAUAAUAGUCCUAGAUUGCUUUUUUGGGAUGCAAAUUUGCUCUUUUUUUGCUGCAGAAAAGAAUCUUUCUUGAGAAGGAGAAAGAUGCUUUAGUGGUAGAACUGCUUUUCUAACCAGAAGGUUACAUUUUCUAAGAGUCAGUAUAUGAGCAACAGAUUUAUAUAGCUACAUUGAAAGCAGAUUUUAUAUAUUUGUUUUUUUAAAGAAAUUUUCAAGCCAUUGUCCCAUUCAGAAUUUGUUACCAAAAUGUCUGUCAAAGUCACAUUGUUUGAAUUGGCGGAUCUCUCCAUAGGGACCCCGGAGGUUGGCGUUAUCAAUUUCAAUGCCCUCCAUGCUCUCCUACAUGCUGUCAUCAGCUACCUCAAUAUUCAAGAUAUCAAAGCAGAUGUGAAGAUUGACAGAGGUCCUCCAACCAAACCAGAUAUGGCAUUGCUUUCUGCUGCAACUGAGACAAGACCUAGGGAUUUAUUAGGCCAAGAGGCAUUACCAAAAGAGAAGGAGGAUAAGGAAGGCUUUUUGAGUGAGGAGCCGGAUUCUCGGCUUGCUGACUUGGAAAAGAAACUAAAGCAGAUGGAGACCAGUCUCCGUGGUGUGAAAGGUCAGAUUAAAGGGAUAGAAGGCCAUGUCCAAGGGGUAUUAGGUCAAGUCCAAGAAGUAGAAAAUCAAAUCAGUGGGGUGCAAAAUCAAAUUCAGGGAAUACAAGAUGAAGUCCAUGGAGUGCAAGAUCAAACUCAGGGAGUGCAGGAUAAAGUGAAAAGAAUGGGGAAAGACCUCAUAGGGGUUGAAAAGCAGAUUGCUGGACUGGAGAAGCUUCCUUCAGGGACUGAACUGAUAGAGAAGGCCCAAAGUGGAUUCGGCACAGCUGUAUCUGACAUGUGGCAAAUGAUGCAGAUGCAGAAAAAGAUUGAAGCCAAUGAGAAUGGAAUCAACCAAGUUAUGUCUGUGUUACAAGAUUUAGUGGAUGAGACUAGCCACUGGAAAUCAGCCACAAGCAACUUGGAGGAUGAAGUAAAAAAAAUCAAGGAGCACUUAGCUGUGCUAGAUCCUCGUGGGUUUGAUGAUCGUUUAAAUGUUUGCCUGAGCGAUCAGAGUAGCUUGGAUCAGGAUUUGAAAGAUUUAGAGAGAAGGUUAAACCAAUUCCCAUCUCCAGAAGAAAUGGUACGGUGGGGAGUUCUUGAAGAUAUCCUUGUGAAGGGCAAGAGCCCAUCUCCUUUCAGAUGCCCUCCUACUUCUGUUGUGGAUGUAUACAACUUUAUGGAGACUUUUAAUGGAUACUACUGAGUAACAGAGCAUUUACAGAGGAUUUCAUUGAGGAUGUAAUUCUCUUACCCUUUCAAGUUUUCUUGAUAGUUUAGAGAAAAGGUCACCUAUUUAAAUCAAUACAUUCUUUGAUUGGUGUGACUGUUACUAUGCCAUUUAGCUUUGGGUAAAUUAAAGACAUGAAAAUAUAUUGCUUGAGAGACAUCUUCUCACAUCGUUAUUCCACUUUGCCACUGAGGACUUUAGGAUAGCAAUUUAUUCUCACAACAGCUCUGCAAAAAUGAGUGAGGCUGUAGUAAAGAGACUGCGCUAGUAAGACAGGCUGAUCAAGGACUCUGCUUCUUGGUCUGAA